GUCACGGAGCCAUUGCCGUCUUCUAGUAGUAGUCCCACUGGCAGUAGCAGCAGCAGCAGUGGAAGCAGCAGUACUUCCGAGACAUCUGCAUCAACUUCAGGGAGCAGUCCUUCCAGUCCUGGCAGUAGUCCUGCUUCGUCCACAGAACCUACAUCGCCAAGUCCUGAAGACACAGAUACGCCUUCUCCACCAUCUCCCUCGCUUCCUAGCCUACCCACAGAUCGAUCCACAACAGAAAAAGUUGAAUAUGGAAUUAAAAAUAUUCCUCCUCAGCUUGCUCACAGACUGCCUAAACUUGCUCUGACAGCUGGAAAACCUUUCCGCUAUCUCAUUCCCAGUGACACAUUUUCUGAUUUAGAGGAUGGAGAUACAAGAAAAUUGAGACUGAUCUUCACACAUCUCAACAAAACAAGUAUUAUGCCAACAUCAUGGGUUCAAUUUGAUAUAGAAAAACAAGAAGUUUAUGCACUGCCUUUAGAAGAACAAGUAUCUAAAUGGGAGUUCCUUCUGGAAGCAAUGGAUAAGGAGGGUUCAACAAUAUCUGAGACCCUUGCAUUGCAAGUUCAGCAUCAUAAAGGACGGAGAGCUCUUAAUCAUGAAUUUUCCAUUACCCUCCGUCCUCCAGAUCGCAUCCAUUAUGCAUCCAACUUGGACUGGGAACUAGAUUUGCUGAAUGCAAUUGCCCGAACAGUUGGAGAUGCAGAUACUUCGCACAUUACUGUCCGCGCAGUGAAUAUCUCAGGAGACCCUAAUGUAUUCACAUGGACAAAUGACUCGCUACCAAGGUCACCUUGUCCCAAGGAAGACAUCGAACGUAUUCUUCAGGUGCUGAGCAAAGAUAAGACUGGAACACCUUCUGAAAGAUUAAAGGAAGCAGUACCUCUUCCUUUACAACUUCGGAAAGUAUCUUGGCGAGGAUUGGCACAAUGUGAUCAGCCAACACCCCCGCCAGGACCUCCUCAACCAAAAAAUUACCCACCAGUUACCCGGAAUCCUAUUGAUGAAAUUGAAGCAACUGAAGGAAGAUUGUUGGUCUACAAAGUUCCUUCUGAUAUGUGCUUUGAUCCUGAGUUUCUACCUUUGAAGGUGACUCUCAUGACCAUUGACAAUCAGCCAAUCCCCAAAGAAAGCUGGUUACAGUUUGAUAGUAGAAAUCAUGAAUUUUAUGGAAUUCCUAUGAUUGGAGACAAAGGAAAUAAAGAGUACAAUUUGGUGUGCGAAGACUCGGAGGGCCAGAUGGCGUACGACGCGCUGGUGGUGGUGGUGAAGCCGGCGCCCGACGUGCAGUACACGGUGGAGUUCAGCAUGGAGCUGGAGGUUCCGUUCGAGCAGUUCUCCAUGAGCGCGUCGCUCAAGCGCCGCUUCGUGGAACGCGUGCAGGGGCUGUUCGGCGACCCGGACACCAGCGCCAUCGCGCUGGCGCGCAACCCGCGGCCGCGCGCGCCGGGCGGCGGGCGGUCGCGCGGCACCGUCGUCACGUGGUACAACGCGUCGCUGCCCACCGAGAGUUGCGCCGAGUCGACGAUAGAGGCGCUGCGGCGCGUGCUGCUGCAGGACGACGGCGCGUCCGUGGCCGCGCGCGUGCGGCAGAACAUGGACCUCGAGUUCCCGGUGGACAGCGUCGCCAUCACUCCGGCCGGCACGUGCCUCGGCGAGAUGACGUCCGUGCACGUAGACGUGCCGCCCACCGCCGUGCCCGGGCGCGAGGAGACGGUGCCCGUGGGCUCGUCUGGGGACGACUACCUCGUCACGUACAUCGUGCCCGCCGUCAUCAUCGUCGCGAUGCUGCUGCUGGCCGGGGCGGUCGCCUGCGUGCUGUACCGGCGGAGGCGCACGGGCAAGAUGAGCGUCGGCGACGAGGACGAGCGACAGAGCUUCCGGAACAAAGGGAUUCCCGUCAUCUUCCAGGACGAGCUGGAGGAGCGGCCGGACCCGGCCAACAAGAGCCCCGUCAUCAUGAAGGAGGAGAAGCCGCCGCUGCCGCCGCCGGAGUACCAGCGCGGGGCGGACUCGACGCCGGGCACGGACCGGGGCACGCCGCCGCCGCCGGCGUCUGUGGGGGCGGGCGCCGCG